UAAUGGUAACUUGAUGGCGGCAGUCUGUCAUUAUUCAACAUUCUAAAAUUGCAAAAAUUUGGUUUUUUUUUUUCCUCAACCAACAUUCAAACACAAGACAAAAUAAUAAUGUUGGUUGAUCCGCAUCACUUUGAUGGCUACCCUGUCCAUUCCCUCUCCUCCUCUUCGCUUCACGACGUCGAUUACAGCUGUGGCUCUUGUGGGUAUGAUCUCAACCUUAAUUCAUGCAAUCGGAAUACCUCUGUGAUAGGUUCAAAGAACUACGGCAAAGCCAUAAAAAAGGGCAUCAUUUCUUUCUUGUCUAUAGACGAGACAAGGUUUAGUCGAAUUCAACAGCUUAGGUGCAAGCCUUAUUUCGAAUCAGCUCGUUCAUGGGGGAUAUUUCAGCGAAAAACUAAACUAUUAUGCCGGAAAUGUGGCAACUAAGUUGGAAAUGCUCGUUUUAAGCAAUUUGGCUGCUCCCAUUCUUCGAAGCAGAAAGAUAUAUCCCCUGAUUCCACAGGUUCAUGGGGAUGGAAUGGGGAUUCAGAUGCAGCCGGGACUUAUGAUAUCAGGAUUCGCGCUCUGCAGCCUUCUUCUUGUGACGAAUCUAACAUUUUCAGCAAUGAUAUAUGAUCA